AUGCGCGCGCUGCUCGCCGUCGCCGCGCUGGCGCGCGCCGCCGUCGUAAACGUGAGCUUUUCCCGCGGCGGCGCCUGGAGCCCGUCGCCGCUCGAGGCGUGCGUCUACGAGCCGCACCAUUUGAAAAGCGGCAAGAUCCACCACAUCUGCCACUGCGAGCAGGGCACCUGGACGCCGACGGUCGGCGGGAACGCGACGCGCUUCGCGGAGGACGCCUGCGGGCUGCUGCGGAGCGAGCGGUUCCACUUCCUCGGCGACAGCAUCGUCGAGCAGAUCGCGAACGCGCUCGGGGACAAGUACCUCAAGACCUGCCGGGGCAAGCUCGUCCACAACGAGAUGAAGCGCGCGACCUCGUGCUCGCUCGUCAACUACGUCGCCCAUGGCGCGUCCUGGGGCGGGCCCUGCCUCGCGAAGGCGCUCCUCCCGCGGCGCGGCGCGGGCGUCGUCCUCCUCGUGACGUCCGGCGCCGCGCACACGGUGCACGAAGCGCCGCUCACGGCGGCCUACGCCGCGGGGCUCGCGGCGCUCCGCGCCUGCAACGGCGACGGCUGCGACCGCGCCGCGCUCGCGGCGGCACUCGACGGCCUCGCAGCGCGCGGCGCCGUCGUCGACGCGGCGCCGCCGAGCAAGCUCCACGACACCGUCACGGCCUACGCGGCGCAGCUCCGCGACGUCGCCGGGCGCGCCGGCGCGCGGGGCGUCGUCGUCCUCGACGCGCCGCCGGCGGGCGAGCACUGCGAGAACGCGUCGACGUGGCGCUGGCGCUCCGACGCCGACCGCGAGAAGUUCGCCUACUCCCAGUACGGCUACCACUGGCACGCGAUCGCUGGCGUCAACGCCAUCUUCGCGGAGAUCAUGGCCACCACGUUCUCCUCGUCGCCGGUGCCGCUCGCCUACGUCGGCGGGUUCGACGCGCUCGCCAAGCGCGAGCGUGCGCACACGGGCCACUUCGGCCUCACGCGCGACACCAUGCAGAAGCCGUCGGCCUUCGGCGACUGGCCGGACUGCGUCCACUGGUGCGGCGGGCCCCUCACCGCCUACGCGGACCUCGUCCUCGGCGGGCUCCGGGCGAUCAGGGCCGUCGCGCGAGCAUAA